CGCAGUGUAAACUCCACUCUGGCCUCGAUCAUCACUAAUAUCUACUGAUCGAUUAUCAACAAAGUUGGUCUGUUCAGAAACCAAGAUGGCGGCAUACGCGUCGCCUGUGACAACAAGGUGGCUGUCAAAAUAUCUCCUGAAAGGUUCAGGAAUAUUGAAAAAUGGACAUUGCUGCCGUAGCGUCGUUGCUGCGAGAGGUUGCAGAACGGGGAAAGACGUGUCUCCAUCUACACACCACGAUGCACAGAAACCCAGUCUCCUGGACGACUACAGCAACAUGGUUGGGUCUGGGUCGCUUCGAGAAGACACGCACCAGAGAACAAUCCUACUUCAGUUAGAUCAGUUGCAGAAAGUUAUGAAGGCAUAUGACAAUACGAAAAGAAACCAGGUGAGAGACAGGGACAUUGUUAAGGUUAAUGAGCAUCGGAAUGUUGAAGAUAAAGCAGGCCUGGCAGUGGCAGGUCUUUCAGAAGAUGGUGAACCUGAAAAUGAGCAGAAGUCUAAAGCACCCAAGGGCUUCUACCUCCACGGAAAUGUAGGCACGGGAAAGACGAUGCUGAUGGAUAUGUUCUACUCUCACGUGGAGAACAGCAGGAAGAAAAGGGUCCACUUCAAUGCUUUUAUGCUGGACAUCCACAAACGGAUUCAUCGUCUGAAGCUGUCUCUACCCAAGCGGAAACUGGGCAAGAUGGUAGUAUAUGACCCCAUAGCUCCUGUUGCCUGGGAGAUCAGUCAGGAAGCCUGCCUCCUGUGCUUCGAUGAGUUUCAGGUGACAGACAUAUGUGAUGCCAUGAUCUUGAAGCAGCUCUUUGUGACACUCUUCCACUCUGGUGUGGUGGUGGUGGCCACAUCUAACCGCCCCCCUGAUGAGCUCUACAAAAAUGGUCUGCAGAGGGCUACCUUUGUGCCUUUUAUCCACGUCCUCAAGGAGCACUGCCAUACGGUGUGUUUAGACUCUGGAAUGGACUACAGGAAGAGAAGCUUGCCUGCAGCAGGAGUACUCUACUACCUCACUAGCGAGCCGGGAGCGGAGAGGGCCGUCAAUGAUCUUUUCGAGGAGCUCGCCCAGAAGCAGAACGACUUUACUCGUCCGCGGGUCCUGAGAAUCCUGGGUAGAGAUCUGCACCUGAGCAGGACCUGUGGCUCCAUCGCUGACUGCACCUUCACAGAGCUUUGUGACCAGCCCCUAGGAGCCAUUGACUACCUGGAGAUCUCGCGUGUGUUCGACACCGUCUUCAUCCGGAACAUUCCACGCCUCUCUCUGAGGACCAAGGACCAGGCGCGCCGCUUCACCGUACUCAUAGACAACUUCUACGACCACAAGGUGAGGGUGGUGGUGUUGGCUGAGGCUCCUCUUGAGGAUCUGUUUGAGCAGGGCCCCCUGGUGGGCGAGGAGCAGCGUGACCGCAUGAUGCUGGACGACCUCGGACUCACACAGGAUGCAGCAGAUCAGCUGUCCUUGUUCACGGGAGAAGAGGAACUCUUUGCGUUUAAGAGGACCAUCUCAAGACUGACGGAAAUGCAGACGGAACAGUACUGGCAACAACGAGAACGCAACCACGAAACAUGACACCACACACACACACACACACACACACACACACACACACACACACACACACACACACACACACACACACACACACACAUUCUAUUUAUCUUGCCAAACUAUGGACUGAUGUUUCAAACUGGUCCCAAAUGACUGACUGGUCUGUGGGAUGUUUCUACUCUAACUAGGCCUUGAUUGAAUUAAAGGGACUUUCAUCUGUGAAUGCAUGGGAACACGUGUUAAUGUGUGUUUUAUUAUUGUAAAAUAAUGAAUUUCAAUGAGCAGAUUUUAAAAUUCAUCUAGUGUUUCGCUAUAAGUGGCACGGUCUUUUCUUUUCCCAUUGCGUGCUAACAAAGGUCAUUUGUUACUCUCUGUCCCUUGCUUUCGUACUGAACGGGGGAAAAGGGCCUUUGUGUUUUCUGCUCCUACCUCAUGGAACAAUUUACAAAAGGACUUGAAAUUAACAGAUCUGAUUCCAUUCAGCGAUUUUAAUUCCAAGAUGAGAUCACUUGAGACUGAGUCCCUAUGUCUGUAACUGUUUUAUUUGAUAUGAUAUUGGUUUACUUGAUUUGUUAUUUUGAUGCAACUGGACGCCCUUGUAAAAGAGAUUUUUAAUCUCAACGGGUUUGU